CAAUGGGGCUCGGCGGGCGGGACUUGGCGGCUCGCAGGGGGGCGUGGCCGGCGGCGCUGCGAGCGGCUCUCGUUGUGCGCGCUGCGGAGCCGUUACCCCGCCGCUGCACGGCCCUGCCGAGCCCCGCAGAUAUAUUAUAAAAUGUCUAAUGGUUAUGAAGAUCACAUGGCUGAAGAUUGCAGGGAUGAUAUUGGUAGAACAAAUUUAAUUGUGAACUACCUCCCUCAGAACAUGACGCAAGAUGAGUUGCGGAGUCUAUUUAGCAGUAUUGGCGAAGUCGAAUCUGCAAAACUUAUUCGGGACAAAGUUGCAGGACACAGCUUAGGCUAUGGCUUUGUGAACUACGUUACUGCAAAAGAUGCUGAACGAGCAAUAAACACGCUGAAUGGCCUCAGACUUCAGUCAAAAACUAUCAAGGUUUCCUAUGCUCGUCCAAGUUCUGAAGUUAUCAAGGAUGCUAAUUUAUAUAUUAGUGGACUACCGAGGUCAAUGACGCAAAAAGAUGUAGAAGAUAUGUUUUCACGUUUUGGACGCAUCAUCAACUCACGUGUGCUUGUGGAUCAAACCACAGGUUUGUCCAGAGGGGUCGCAUUUAUCCGGUUUGACAAAAGGUCAGAAGCAGAAGAGGCAAUUACAAAUUUCAAUGGUCACAAACCCCCAGGUUCCUCCGAACCCAUUACAGUGAAGUUUGCAGCCAAUCCUAACCAGAACAAAAAUGUGGCACUGUUAUCGCAGCUGUGUCAUUCACCAGCUAGACGGUUUGGAGGGCCAGUUCAUCACCAGGCGCAAAGAUUCAGGUCAGCAGAGAAUCAGGAUCUGCCACCGCCAUGUUCUUGGCAGAGAGCAGCACGUGUACCGCAUUUAAGUGGUUUGCAUAUCACGAGUGGUACACCACAGUUUGGGAACCCCUGGUUCUCUCCUAUGGGUGUAGAUCACAUGAGUGGGCUUUCUGGUGUAAAUGUUCCAGGAAACGCAUCUUCUGGCUGGUGUAUCUUCAUCUACAACCUUGGUCAAGAUGCUGAUGAGGGAAUCCUCUGGCAGAUGUUUGGCCCCUUUGGUGCGGUUACCAAUGUGAAAGUUAUUCGAGAUUUCAACACCAACAAGUGCAAAGGUUUUGGUUUUGUGACCAUGACAAACUAUGAAGAAGCUGCAAUGGCCAUAGCAAGUCUUAAUGGCUACCGCCUGGGGGACAAAAUCUUACAGGUUUCCUUCAAAACCAACAAGUCCCACAAAUAACUUGCUCGUGCUUUUUGUAUGGAAUAGAUAAUUGAGUGACAGAAGUUGAAACAUUUUUGUUAGUGUAAAACUCAUUUUGCGCCAAUUUUCACAAGUGUUUGUCUUAGUCUAAAUGAGAAGUGAAAAAGGUUUUAUAUUCUGGGAUGCAACUGACAUGUUCAAAUGUUUGAAAUCCCACAAUGUUAGACCAAUUUUAAGUUACUUUAAGUUAUUUCAUUUAAAACAUGUUAAAAAAAAAUCCCCUGAAAUCUUAAGUAGAUUGCAUUUAACUAGACCCUCUGGAUGGUGGUAAAAUUGAAGCAUGCUUUCACUUAUGAGACUAACAUUUGUUCCAUUGAAUGUUGUCUGCAAAAACUGGAAUCUUUUUAAAGCUAUCAGGCUGAAUUAAUUAAUUUUUCUUGUUUUCAUGUUGUUGUUUUUCCUACCCGUUCCCCUGACCUUCUUUACCCCAGACUCACUAGUAUGGAAGAAAAGUUGAGAAAUACUAAUGUUUUAGUUGACAGUAAAUUUGCUUUAUCAAUUAAUAUUCAUUGCUACAUAUAGUUGAGGAUUAGGCUUUAUAAAGUCAAGGUCUUGUAAGUAGUAGCAUGCCAGCAUAACUUUUAACACCAUUGAUGAGGUAAGUUGCACACUGAGCAGUGGCCAAGUUGUCAAAUUCAAAGGUUUUAGAAACAUUACUUUUAAAGCCCACUUUCUAAUAGGAAUGGACCAAAGAGUUUCACAGAAACUCCGGGAAGAUUUCAGAGUCAAAAUGAAACUCCAAAAAAGUGUGAAUAUAUGUUGCUACUUUAUCAAACUGAAUCUCUUCUGUCCAAAUAUUUAAUGCAUGGUGCACUACUUACUGGUACAUUAUAAUGCAGCAAGAUACUCAUUUUCAAAGAUCAUUAUAGUCUGAAUUCCUUUGGUAGUUCUGUUUUGUAAAGAAAAAACAUUUAUAAACAUUUGAGCAUUGUAUUUCUCGCAUCCCUUCUAAUGAGUGCUAGAUUUUUCUAUUUUAAUAGGAUUUUGUUUUGACAACUAGCUUUACUUAUUGAACACUCAGCAGAAAAGUACUUACGACUUGCAAGUUAGAUAUUAACAAAAAAACCCUUUGAUUUGUAGAUUUAAAGAUUAAUCCCCCAAGUUUUCUGCAGACUGCCUUGAAACUUUGAGUUGUUCUGUUUCUGUUAAUUUUCUUUUGCUUUUUUGUGUUUUUUGUUUGUUUUUACUUUUGCAUUUAAGAACAUUAAAUUUGAUUUUGUUUUGCUCAAAUUUUGUUUUGUUUUUUAUUUUCUGUUAUUUUUUUGCUAAGUAUUGCACAAAGUGUCCAGCUUUCAAAGGGUGUUGUUUUAAAGAACUGUAGUCCUUCUUUAAAGAGUCUUAAGUUACUCCUUUGACAGAUGAGUAGAAGAAAAAGGUUUGUGAAACGAGAGCACUACAAUAAACCUGUCACAUAGAAACUACGUGCCACAGGCUGAUGUAACCCUACAGGUGUUCUUUGGUAGGAAACCCGAGGAGGAUUACUCUAUCAGGUAAAGGCUGUGUAAGGAUACUGUGCAUGACUAGAGACUUAGCUUGGGCAGCUCUCAGGGCUGUGAGUUAUGUUCAGUUGCCAAAAAAUAGGGCAAAUGUGAAAAUUGGGUCAGUUCUAUUGCAGUGUCUCUUUUUUGUGUGAACCUCUGCCAGUCCCAGAGCUUGUUUUUGCAUUCCUGAGGCUGAUCCGUGCUGCCUGCUUGUAUCGUUUCCAUCCCUAGCUGACCUUGCCUUGCAAUGGCAAUCGCUUCUCUUCUUCCUGCAACAGGACCGGCGGGCUUGUGCAGCCCAAAGAAGUCUGCAUCAGCAUCUCUGCACACCCCAGCUGGAGAGCAGCUGAUUUAGCUGCCCAGCUAUUGUUAAUUACCUUUAGCACUGUCUAGGAACCACUGCUGCUAUGCUUCUGGAACUGUCUGUGGCAUGCCUGAAGGAAUAUGGAUAGGCUUUGGCAUAGUGCUCAGCCUCCUCCCACUGUUUUUGAGCUUGUAUGCAAUGAAUUUAAGUGUUGUUCUACCAUUAACAUAUUCUGCCUUGCCACUCCUGCCAGUCCUGUUAGCUCUCUCGUCUUCUGAGACACCUGGGCAGCCUGAGAUUUGGGACAGUAUGGUGGUGGUCUGUAAAACUGCGACCGAAUGACUCCUCGCCCCAAGCAUGCUGUCUGCCAGCCACUUCUGGGCUGUCUAUUCCAGAUGUUUCCACUGAUUUAUCAUUAUUUAUCACUUCAAUGGAUCCUUUUCUGGUGUACAAGAAGAGAUUCAGAAGCAUUGUUGGGAUUUCUCCCAAGUUCCAACUGGAUAGUAUAGAGCAGCCUUACUGUGUCCCAUCACCUCUUAACCUCAAUACUCCGCUGUUCCACCGGAGUGAGUCUGAAAUGGUUUCCAAUUUCCUGUAAUUCUCUCUUGCCUUAUUUCAUGUAAGAUCAUUUUUCUAACUAAAUGGGAGCUGCUGCUUUAUUAGAGGAUUUAGAUUGAGAUCAGACUUGCAAUAAAUGACACCCUGAAUAUGACUUUGCAUCUACAGUUAUUACAGGCGUGUAUCAGCAGUACGCUACUGUGAGCUCACCAAAUGUCACAUUCACUUAUUUUAACUUUUCUUGGAGGCUUCUAGUGUCAUCUGACUGCUUCCCCAUCUUUCCAUCUCCUAUUCCUUUGCUAAAUAAGAUAGAAAUGUGGGAUACUGUUAGUAGCAGUAUGGCAAUUUCUCUUUUAGGAAACAUCUGAUCCCAGGCGCCUUUGAUAGUUGAUCUGAAAGCAGCUGCUAGGCCAUUUACCUGAGCAGAGUGCAGCUCCUUGAGUCAGUAAAAAGGGAAAGAAAUAUCCUACCGAAAUAUCCUACUUAAAUAUCAAGGGCUGAUGGUGGAAGAAGUGCAUGGUCUGUUCAUUGCACCAUUUUCACAGUCAAUAAAUAUUUGGCAUAAGUAGUAGAAAUCAAGAAAAAAGUGAAUGUAUUUAUGAUGCUUUUAGACCUAAACAAUAACUUACGCAUUGGAUUAGUAAAGAGCAAAAGGAAACUUCAGGAAGUGGAAACUAAACCCCAGUACCAAGUAAUCUGUCAACGAUUUUGGUAAGAAGAAAGGUAAGAACAAUUGGGUUUUCUUAUCAUCUGGCAUGCCAUUCUUUCAAGCUAAUGCCUGGUUUUACCCAUUUCCAAAGUGAUUUUGUCUCCAUAAUCCUCAGGGAGUAAAGAGUUUAAAGGAUGAAAAGUGCAAGUUUACUUAUUGAUUUAUUUUGAGAUACAGAAGUUCCUUUCAGCUGAUAAUUCUAUCUCUGGCCUUACAAGAUCUUUCUUUGUCAUACAAAGGGUCAGUCUCAAGCCAGAGUUUUGUUUACCUUUCUCAUGAGAUGCAGUAGGCUCAACAAGGUGGAGAAUACUCAAAAGUCUUGAUGACCAGAUUAGUACAUUAUGAUCAGAUUCUAAAGAACUGGACUUGAUGAUCCAUGCUGGAGAUGUGCUACAGGGCACAGCUGCUAUGGGAGUGCUCUGUGGGCUUUGAGGAGCAUCGCAGGGUGCCCGCAGUUACUUCAGCAGGUUCAGGUAUCGUUCCUGGUGACAACACAUAGUUGUCCAUGCUUCUAUUGCAGUGUUUUGUGUGUGGAUGUUGAAGAGAAUUAUGGUGUCUCCGAGGCUGGUGAUGUGUUCUUGGUGCCAGGAUUUCUGAAGGGCUUAAUCUGGAUUUCACGCACCUGCAUUUUGGAUGACACCACUUCCCCAAUACGCUUUGAUCAGGCUGGUGAAUAUGACGACAAAGUGAGGUUUAUCUGCAUCUCUUCAGGAUUAAAAAAAAAAAAAAAAAA